GCAUGACACACUCGGGUGGGGCUCUCUGUCUCUCUCUCUCUUCACACACCACACCUACUGACAGACUCUCUCUCUGUGCGCAAAGUCUCCAGGAGGACUCUAUAUAACCGGACGCACCGCACCGCUCACACACAAACACCCAGCUCGUCCUCCUCUCUGUCUCCAGCCCGUCUACACGCUCCUCUCGUCGGUCAUGUUUCGCUGUGGGAUCGCCUACCCCCGGUGCAGGUGGAUCGUGCCCCUGCUGCUGCUCUUCGCCAUUAUUUUUGACAUUAUCGCCAUCGCGGCGACAUCGGGAUGGGUCGAGGACGAGGACGCCAAGUCUCACUACGCCAGCAUGUGGCAGCAGUGCCGAGGCAGGAACGAUAACUGGAACUGCGAGUCGCUCAUGGAGUUCCCUUGGGCCCAGGCUGUAGCUGCUCUGAUGAUCAUCGGCCUCCUCAUCCUCAUCAUCGCCUUCAUCAUCUCCUGCGUGGCUCUGUGCUGCUCGGUCAACAUCACUCUGCUGCCCCUCGUAGGAGUCCUGCUGAUCGUCGUUGUGGUUUUCCAGUUCAUCGCUCUGAUCAUCUACCCCGUCAUGUUCAACGAUCUGAUCUUCGAGGGCCACUACUACUACACCUGGGCCUACGGCUUCGGCUGGGGCGCCACCAUCCUCUGCAUCGGCUGCGCCGUCCUCUUCUGCUGCCUGCCGCGCUACGAGGAUGAGCUGACCGGCCUGGCCAAGACCAAAUACAUCUACUCCUCCGCUUAAAAGACUAAACCUGCCACACCCACCCAGUUCCAGACAGUCCCACCUUCCACUCUGAGCUGGAUCUGUGCUGGCCGUUGAACAUUUUUACACUGUACCAUUCCACCAAAGAUCUACGAUGGCUCAGUUUAGUUCCAUUUGGUUCGGCAGUGGAAAACUCCUCCUCUAUACCAUCCAAGAGCGACGUUGGAAGCAAUGGGGGGAUUCUCGCUGGAACUGUGAUUGGAUGUCGCAUCUGCUUUAAUGUACAGACCUCUAUUUUAGAUUAAGCCAGCAUCAUAAAAAAAUGCUUUCUUACCAUGGUGUUUUUUUCACAUUCUGCAUUUGAGUGAGACAUAUUCCUCAUUUUACCUGUACUUUUUACCAGUAACUCUCAAUGCAAGAUCACCCAAGUGCACUUAACCUUAAGGGAUGUAAUUAUGAGUAAGGCAUAGCUUUUAGCCUGACUAGUUAUUUUAGAUCAACCUUGGUAGAGGAGCAAUUCAGACCUAACGUUUGCACAGGAUGCAAAAUAAAUCAUGAAUCAUGAUUUGUUUUUUUUUGUCCCAUGUUCUAAGAAGUUUCACUCUGUCUUUUAUUCUCUAUGUGGUUGGGUGUGAGGUAAAAAGGAAGCGAAGGCUUGGAGUCAGAAGCUGAAUGUAAUCUACACAUAUGGAGAUGUAGUUUAACAUGUAGUCGUGUUUGCACCUUUUUUAUGCUUUUUUUUUUUUUUGAUAAUUCUUAUCUGCUGUUUUUUGUAUUCUUAUUUACUUAGUACCAAAGGGGUAGAACUGGGAGUUUGCUGUGCUGUCUUUGUAUCUGUUCUGAACACUACUAAUAAUACACUUGAUGAGUAGAAA